AUGAGAUUUAUUCAUAAAAGUGAUCACUGCUUUCUUCCACCUGCCACAGAGGAAGUGUGGGCUGUGAAUGUGAUCAGUAGAAGCCCAUGUUUAUCAUCCAACCACAAAGCCCUGGUAAGUAUAAUAAUAGAGAAUAAAAAUGUGUGUGUGUUGAGAAAACAGCAGUUUCUCCUUAAAGGUCCCUUGGUGAGUUCUCUCCUGCCUUUCCCCCUCUGUAGAGUUUAUGGUGGUCUCACUGGGCACAUGGACCAUUCAGGUAUGCCCACAAGAUACGUUUCUUUGCAUUCAAGCCUCGGUUUCUUCUUUUAG